AUGCCUACCCGCGAGCCCAUCCUUAUCCAGGAACCGUUGCCGGUUAUCUCACGUCGCCGUACUGCUUCCAUCAUUGCUUGCAUCACAUGCAUCACUAGCAUUGGUAACCUUUUAGCUGGACUGCUUACCGUGUGUGUCCCGGUCAUCGCCAAGGAGCUCAACAUCGGUCUGGCACUGCAACUCUGGCCCGUGUCCAUCUUCGCACUCACAUGUGGCUGUACAUUGCUUCCAUGCGGUGCCGCCGCCGAUGUGCUUGGUUGUCGCCGUACAUACCUGCUGGGAUCCCUCCUCCAGGCCGCAACCACGCUCGGCUCAGGACUGGCCAAAACAUCGUCUCAGCUUCUCACUCUCCGCGCUCUUGCCGGAGUCUCUGCCUCAUUCUGCCUUCCGAGCGCCGUGGCAGUCGUGACAAACACUUUCCCGGCAGGCCCACGCCGAAACCUCGCCUUCGCAGCCAUGGGUGGUGGUCAAGCUGUUGGCUUCGGACUUGGUUUGACACUCGGCGGCGUGUUUUCUGGCACCAUUGGCUGGCGAUGGGGUUUCCAUACUGCCACUUGCUUGAAUAUCGUUGUGCUUCUGCUGGCAUUGUGGACGCUACCUCGUAACAUCGAUAAGCCACUUGGCAAAUCAACGCUGGUUAGUCUCAGAGACGACGUCGACUGGAUCGGCGUUACGAUUAUGACAGCUAGUCUUGGGCUACUAUCGUACGAGUUUGCAGUCAUGACCAGUUUGGGGAUUCGUGAACCAAUCAACAUUGCACUGUUAACCUCUGGCCUUGUUCUUCUUCCUAUCUUCGGCCUCUGGAUGCACCGGCAGACGCGUCUUGGGCGACCUGCGCUCAUCCCAAAUAAUCUGUGGACCAACAUCCCGUUCACUACUGUGUGCAUCACAGUUUUCCUUGUGUGGGGAGCCCUCAACGCCAGCGAGCAGCUUACCGCGCUGUAUCUCGAAGAUGUGCUUGGAGUUUCUCCCCUAACAUCUGGGCUAUAUUUCCUACCAGCCCCUAUCUGCGGUGCGCUUAUGAAUGCUGCAAUAGGGCUUAUGUUGCCUUAUUUACGCCCCUCAUUAGCGAUACCCAUAGCAUGUCUGACCAGCAGCAUUGCGCCUGUUCUGCUUGCGGCAUUAUGUCGAGUCAACGGACCCAGUUACUGGGGCGCUGUGUUCGAGGCUAUGGCCCUCAAUCCUCUAAGCGCAGACGUCAUUUACACGGUUGCAAAUCUUAUCGUGACUGAUGCGUUCCCUGAAAAGACGCAGGCCCUCGCGGGUGGCGUGUUCAAUAUGAUUGCUCAGAUUGGAAAGAGUGUGGGAAUUACGACAACCGCCAUUAUCGCAGCACGAAUCUCUGCCCAGGCUAAAGAGGGACCUAAGGAAGCUUUGCUCUUGGGUUACAAAGCUGGGUGGUGGUAUAAUAGUGCUAUGGGCUUAGCCUCGGUUCCCUUGACCCUUUGGGGACUGAAGCGAGUUGGGAAGCUUGGAAUAAAGAGAGAAUAA